AUGUCUUCACAAUCUUCUUUGAAAGUCCUCAUCGUUGGCGGUGGCAUCGGCGGCCCGGCGCUGGCUUUUUGGCUGGCGCAGCUGGGUCACGAUGUGACCAUCGUUGAAAGAAACCCGGACUUGCGCGCGAGUGGUCAACAGAUCGACAUUCGCGGCCAGGGGGUCUCGGUCAUUCGCCUCAUGGGUAUUGAGCCCGACAUUCGCGCCAAGGUCGUCAACGAGGCAGGCAUCCGGUUCGUCAAUAGGGCUGGCAAGACGCAAGCCGUCUUUGAAGCGAACAAGACCGGGGUGGGAAGACAAAGCUUUACCUCGGAAUUCGAGAUCAUGCGCGGCGACCUUGUGAGGCUUCUCUUCGAUAGGACGCAGCCGCUCGGUGUCAAGUACAUCUUCGGCAACACCAUCGAGUCCCUUGAACAAGACACCGACUCUGUCACCGUACGCUUGACUGAUGGCACUACUGGCACGUAUGAUCUCGUUGUUGGUGCCGACGGCCAGGGUUCCAGAACACGGCGGCUCAUGCUUGGCCCUGGAGAGAAAGACCCUUUCGUCCCGUUCAACCUGCACACAGCACUCUUCACUGUGCCAAGGGAGAAGACCGAUGACAACUACGCGACUGUAUGCCUGCUUCCCAAGCAGAGGAUGAUGAUGACCAGGACCGACAAUCCCCACACCAGUCAGGUGUACAUGGGUAUGGUGCCACAAGACAAGGAAAGCGACAGGCUUCUACUGGAGGCGCAGAAGAACCGGGACCUCGAGGCUCAAAAGCGCAUCUGGAUCGAGAUGUUCAAAGACGCCGGCUGGCAGGCCCCUCGCUUCCUGGAAGCCCUGGAGGAAGGCGGUGUCUCGGACGACUUCUACAACUUCCAGAUCGGACAAGUCCGGAUGGACAAGUGGUACAAGAACCGUGUUGUUCUUCUCGGUGACGCUGGCUACGGGCCGAGUCCCAUGAGUGGAAAGGGCACGACGUCUGCGUUCGUGGGCGCAUACGUUAUCGCCGGUGAGAUCACCAAGCACUGCACUGGACCUUCGGCGAAAGACGGCAUUCCUGCUGCGCUCGAGGCGUAUGACAAGGCUAUGAGACCCUUCAUGAAGACGGUGCAGGACAUCAGCUUCAGACCAAAUCUGCUUUACCCAAAGUCGGCGUGGGGGAUUACCGUCAUCAACACCAUCCUGUGGCUCGUCUCAUCGCUCAAGAUUGACAAGCUCUUUCAAAAGUUGCAGUCCGAUGAUGUUGAAGGUUGGCAACUGCCUGAUUACCCUGCGUUGCCAGUCAAGGGCACGAAGAAAGCUGCUUGA